AAACUCUGCCUUUAAAAAGAAAAGAAUUACUUCUAAUCUUUCCCUCUCCCCCAACCAAGCCCUCUACCUCUUAUUGUUUCCUAAUCAACAAACAACCCACAUUCGAAAUCAUGGGUGUCUUUAUACAGCUCAUCGACAGCGUUGAAGAGAAGAAGCUUUAUGGCUACUCUCUUUUCAGCACCUCUCUUGCACUGCUUUUCCUUGGGAUUUACAUCCUCUUGAAGAAGGAAUGGUCGACUCAUAGCGGCACAAAGUUUCCAAUUGUUGGGAUUGAAUCCCCAGGCUACAUUGGAAUACUAAAGGCGAGAUUAAGCUUUGUCGCUAAUGGAUACAAAAUCGUGAGGAAUGCUUAUUACAAGUACCCAGGAAAAAACUUUGUUGUUACAACCUACAGCUACGACAAGGUUGUCCUCACACAUGACCAAGUUAAGGAGCUCUCUAAUGCACCAGACGACACGAUCAGCAUUUCUCACGCCGCGGUCGAAACCAUGAUGGGAGAUUAUACUGGCUUAGAUCAAUUCGUGGGUACCACGUUUGUUGAGGAUGUGGUGAGAAUCAAACUCACCCAAAAUCUCGGAAGUAUGAAUGAGGCAAUGCUAGAAGAGGCUCGGUUUGCCUUGAAUACUGAGCUACCAGAAUGUACUACAGAUGAAUGGAGAUCAGUGGAAGUUUUCGCCACAAUCAUAAGAAUAGUCGCUCGUAUGAGCGCCAGGGCCUUCGUUGGCUUUCCUUUAUGUCGAAAUGAGGAUUGGUUGACCAUCACAAUGGUGUUCACCGGACAUGUUUUCAUGACUCACUCAAAGCUCGCCUGUGUGCCAAAACCGAUUCGUCCAAUCUACUCCUAUGUUCGGAAUUUAGUAAAAGACAUCGCUGAGGAUAAAAGAAAGGCGGAAUCCCUCCUCGCUCCUGUUAUUCGAAAACGCCUUGAAGAAGAGAGUCUUGCAAAAAAGAAUGGAACCGUUUUUCAGAAGCCCAACGACAUGCUUCAAUGGCUCUCAGACCGCGUUGACCAGAAACACAAGACUACAAAAGGCUUGUCUGAACUGCAGUUGGUUCUUAGCUUGGCGGCAAUUCAUACAACAUCUAUCUCCUUUCUCAAUGCAAUCUUCGACCUCCUUGCGCAUCCGGAGUGCAUUCAACCAAUCCGUGAGGAGAUGGAAGCCAUAAUUUCCGCAAAUAACGGAGUGUUGGACAGGGUGGCUCUGCGCAAGAUGAAGAAGACCGAUAGCUUUUUCAAAGAAUCUAUGAGAGGAAAGAUUGGCCUUUUCAGUUUCAAUCGCAAGGUUCUAAAAAGCGUUACUCUUUCCGAUGGCACCUACCUGCCGAAAGGUACCCUGAUAACUGCCCCCACUUCAAUGUUUUCUUCCGAUCCAGAUUUUGUUGAGGAUCCAGAGACAUUCGAUGGAUUUCGUUGGUACAAAAAGUCUCUCGAAGCUGAAGGCAAUAACAACUAUUGGGCGACUACUUCCUCAAACGACCUCGCCUUCGGUCAUGGAAAGCAUGCAUGCCCUGGUCGCUUCUUUGCUACUGAGAGGAUGAAGACCAUUCUUAUUUUCAUCCUCUUGCAGUAUGAUAUCAAGUACCCUGAAGGUGAAUCUCGACCUGAGAAUAUUGACCAUGGGGAGUUCUCUUAUCCCGAUACCACAAAGCAACUCCUUUUUAAAAAGCUUCCGGGGCCAAAGAAAUAUUCCUUUUUCUAAAAACUAGAAUCCACUCAUUCCAUGCUCGAACACUCACUCAUCUUUGCCAAGAAUACCCCCGUGGGCCGUAUAUUUGGUGAGGACUCCAGCAAAAUAUCGAGUGGCGGAGGUAUUCUUGGCAGACGAGGGAGUACACUGUUUUUUUGUUUGGACCUGACCUGUUUUAUCAUUUUCCUCUGUUUCCCGGCAUCAAUCUGUAUGGUAGCUUAUAAAAUUAAACUCCCGGUACACAAAA